UAGCGCUUCCCCCUUGAUUAUAAUAACAAUUUGAAUUUUAAAUGACCAAUUAUCAGCUGACUUUAAACACAAGGUCCCUUGAGGGUUUGUUUACAGGCAAACAUUGCCAUCUGUUGAGAAGGAAAGUAACUAUGUUGUGUGUCAGGUGGACGCUGAUAAUGUAGUCUCAGCAACUGACAUGUAGUGUGCAAAUUGUAAUGUGUCAGGUGUUCAAAAUGGUCUCAGGGUCUUGCUUAAACAAUAAUAGUAUGGAUACGUACAAAUUGCUGGACUUGUCCGGCUCAGACUCUGAAAAUGAAGUCAUACAUUUUGCUCCAAUGCCAGACAACCCUCCACCCCAGAGAAAGAAGCGGUUAAAAAGACGGGAACGUGAUCUUUUGCGUGUGUCCCCUAGUCAAGCAGACGAAGAAGUGGGUCGUUGGUGUGGGUGUAUGAGUGUGGGUAGUGAUGGGUGGCACUCGUGGAUAGCCAGUCCAGGCGAGGCUCUUCGCUCUGCACUGUUAUUGUUAGCACUCACUGGCCUCUCCCUGCUUACCUGGCUCGCUCUCCAUCUUCAGGCGCGGCUGGAUGCAACACAACACUUCAUUAACACAGGUGAGUCUUAACAAAACUAUAAGUUG